ACCAAUUUGGGCUAUUUCCUCUCAGUGCAACACACAAUGACUUCCCAGGAAUGUGCGGAUGGAACUGCUGCGGCUGCUGCUGGUGACGAACGUGAAGACAAUUUGGCGAACUUCCAGGUGCUUUUGUUGGAGGGCAAGAAGGCGUUCAUCGCAAAUCGUCUGAAGGAAGCUGAAGCAAAAUUUAGUGAAGCCGCCGGUAUUUCUGUCGAAAUGUACGGAGAUUUUGCCGUUGAAACAUUCGAACCGCACUUCCUUUACGGCAAAACACUGCUUGAGCUGGCUAAAAUUGAAGACAAUGUUUUCUCCAGCGCUCUUCAAGGAGUACCGCUAAAAACACAAGGCGAUAAGCAAUUGGACGACAGCAUCAGCGACCCGGAAGCACUUUCUGGUCCGAUUCUUUUGAUUUUCCGUCUUCGUAUCUUCUAG